GAUGUUUGAUUGUAUUUGAGUUCGGUAAUGGCGGAGAUAUGCUUUUUGGGAGGUCUUGUCCAUUAUAAAGCUCCAUCUCCUUCGUCACUCCAUCUUAUUUCACGCAGCAAACCUCAUCACAUUUCUCUCAUGUCCGCCUCCGUUUCAGCGGAAUGCCACGCCUCCUCCUCCUCCUCCGUGGACCCACCUUCUCUCCUCGUCUUCUCAGGUGGGACUGGAUUUAACGGUGUGGUGGAAGAGUUGAAGAAGAUAACAACUAGAGUCGCUCAUGUUCUUCCUGUCUCUGAUGAUGGAGGAAGUACUGCUGAGAUUGUUCGUGUUCUCGGCGGACCAGCGGUUGGUGACAUACGUUCAAGAUGUUUGAGGUUGUCUGAUGAAAGUACUUCAGAGGCACUUGCUGUUAGGAGGUUGCUCGGACAUCGCUUACCUAUUGAUGCACACAAGGCCAAGAAAGAUUGGUACGAUAUUGUGGAAGGUAAUCAUUCUCUAUGGGAUGGUGUAUCAAGACCUUACAGAGAAACUAUCCGUGCUUUCUUAAUUUACUUUCAGAAUGAGAUUCUUAGAAGACCUAAUGAUUCAUUUUGCUUCGCUAAUGGAAGCAUUGGGAACUUCUUCUUUGCAGGAGCAAGAAUCUUUUUCCAGUCUUUAGACGCUGCCAUUUUUCUGUUUUCACGUGUUUCAGAGAUUCCUUGCGACAGUUUGGUCCUCCCAGUGAUAUCAACUAAUGAUAGGCUUACACUAGGAUGUGUGUUACAGGAUGGGACUAUAAUACGCGGACAGAACGAGAUCUCUCACCCAACCAAUGGGACUGUGAAGACUGUUGAUAAGAGACAUUGUUUGACUCUUCCAUCGAAGAUAAAGAGAGUGUUUUACAUGUCAAGCGAAGGCAAUAAUCUGCUUCAUGAGGUUUUUCCACCAGUUAACCCAACUGUCUUGGAGCAGUUAAAAAGCGUGGACUGUAUUGUUUACGCUAUGGGAUCCUUAUUCACUUCCAUUUGCCCAUCACUGGUUCUGCUUGGUGUUGGGGAGAUUAUAUCUUCAAGGACAUGUCGUAAGGUACUUCUGUUGAACGGUACGCAAGACCGAGAAACAAGUGGCUUCACUGCUUCUUGCUUUGUGAUUGCUAUUGCUGACGCUCUCAACAGAACUCACGGAGAUCCUAAUAUCCGGCUCAAGAAUCCUCCUGGAUAUUACAUCAACACUCUCUUGGUACCAAAAGAUGGAGACAUAGCUGUAGAUCUCAAACAGUUGUCUGAACAAGGAAUCAAAGAUGUUAGAGUCGUAGAGAGUGUUCGUGACCCAAAGCACGGUGUCUUGUUCAAUCCGAGCUCAUUGAUAAACACAAUAGCCAGUUUGGUGGAGUAAAUAAUGAUUUCUUUAAGCCAGAUUUGGUUUCUUCUUUUGCUUUAAUUCAUAAACGGAACAAUGAUUUUUUUUUCUUUUAAUUUGAUUCUUUGUGGAUUGAUAUAUAAGAAAAGGAAAGUCG